AUGUUUCUGACAUUAUUGCCCACUGUGGCGAUUUAUUUUUAUUUUCAAAUCGCAUAAAGUAUUUUUAUAUUGAAUACAUUAUAAAAAUAAUAUCAUUGCACUUUAAAAUAGUGCAUAUUAACAAUUGAGUCGAGAGAACUACUAUUUUAUUCAAUAUGAAAAAAUUUAAAACUGAAGUAAAUAGUGAUUUAGGAAGAUAUGCUCUACUCGAGGAAGAUAUAAAAUGUGGCGAAACCGUUGUCGACGAAGAACCAUUUGUGUAUGGACCAAAAUCAGGUCCUGUAGUUUGCCUCGAAUGCUGUGGUCCAGUUGACCUGAAAAAAAAUAAAUUUUGUCCACAAUGUAAUUGGCCAUUAUGCAACGGAUGUAAAACUAAGGUUAAUGUUCAUAAGGAUGAAUGUAAUAUAUUUAAAAGUUGCAAAGUAAAAUUCCAAGUGGAUAAUCUUAAUUUAUUCAACUGUCCUCAACUGGACUGUAUUACUCCGUUAAGGUUGCUGUUGAAAAUGGAAAAAGACCCAGAAAGAUGGAAAAACGAGGUUGAACCAAUGGAAUAUCAUGAUAAGCCAAGACAAGAAAAUAAGGAGAUAUGGAAUGCCGAUUUAAUUAAUGUUGCAAAAUAUUUAAGAGGGCCAUGUAAAUUAGAUCGCUUCUCCGAAGAACAAAUAAUGCGAGCUAUUGGAAUACUUGAAGUGAACGCAUUUGAAGCUCGCACAGCAGCUGGUUAUCCUGUACGGUGUUUAUUCCCAAUAACUGGUAUUUUAGCGCAUAGUUGUGUCCCAAACACAACAAGAAGUAUAUACCCUUCGGAAAAUUUUCGUGUACGUUUAAGAGCUAUGGUUGAUUUGAAAAAAGGACAACAAUUAAAUCAUUCCUACACUUAUACAUUAGAUGGAACGGCUGCUAGACAAGAACAUUUAAAAGCAGGAAAAUAUUUUGUUUGCAAAUGUGAAAGAUGUUCUGAUCCUACUGAACUAGGAACAUAUUUUAGUUCACUCAAGUGUAAAGAAUGUUUAAAAGGUUUAAUUUCAACAACAGAUCCUUUUGAUCCCAACGCCUUAUGGAAAUGUUCACAAUGUAGUUCUACAAUACCGCAUGAUAUAGUUUCACAGACCAUAAAUAGAAUACAAUCGGAGGUCGAUUCAGCUUAUGCAAUAGAACCCUCUCCAGAAAGAUUAGAAGCUGUUGAAAUUUUAUACAGAAAAUUUUCAAAUACUUUAAGUCCAUUACAUUUUAUUCAAACAAGUUUACGUCAAAGUUUAAUAGAAAUGUAUGGUAGAGUUGAGGGUUAUGAAAUGAAUAAAUUAACGACAGAACAAAUAAAAUAUAAAGAAAAUUUGUGCCGCCAAGUAAUAGAGGUCAUUAAAAUUUUCGAACCAGGAUUAAGUCGCUCGAAAGCGAUAUUAUUAUAUGAAUUACAUAUACCAGUAGUUUUGCUAGCAAAAACAUAUUUUUGUGAGAAAAAAAUCUCUAUUGACGAAUUCAAAAACAAACUUCAAGAAGCUGUUGGUUACUUGUAUGAAUGUCACAAUAUUCUGCAAAAUGAAGAUCCUAUAUCACACGAAGGAAGUUUGUCAAGAAUCUCCCAGCAAGCAUUGAAGGAAUUAAGGGAAAGUUUAGAAGAGCUCUGAAAUGAAAUAUAAUUUAUAAUAUAAAAUGAUAGUUUUUAUCUACAAAAUAAAAAUAUGUGAACACUGA